AUCAAAAAAUCGACAGUCAACACAGCAAUAAAUUGGUAGAAAACAUACUUCAACUUUCGACAUUGUAUUAAGGAAUUUCAAAUAAAAUACAAAAUUAAACGUGAAAUUAUAAUCAUAUACAGAUUUUCGCUUUUUUUGUUCAAACAUUCGACUGCUGCUGCCAAGCUUUUUUUUAUGAUAUAAUGUCGCGAACACUGAGUCGUUUAUUUGGACGCUGUCUGAUUAGCAAUGCAUAUGUGAAGCCCUUGCAGGACAAUAACAGUCUGCGUAGUAUACUCACCGUUAAACCAUUGCAAUCUGCCAAUGGCGGCUGCACAGCGUCCUACUCAAAGCGCAAUGGACCGCCGCCGGACGCAGGUGAACCUUUUAAAACAGUGAGCAAGUCGCGGGGAGUCGAUGAUGAUGAUCUGAACAUCCUGGAGGGUGAGCCCAACUGGGAGCUAACCUCGAAACGCCACAAUCGCUUCUAUUUACCCAACUCAAUCGGUCCUGCAUGGCAGGGCGACACAUCGACAGUGGGUCUAAUGGAACCGCUGGCACAACUAGUCAAUUUCUUUAAGGACGACAACGUGGACAGAACACGUUUAGAGUUCUCAUGCUGUCAGUGUCCAAUGCUGAUACGCGACUCAAUCUACGAGCUAUUCCCAGUGCGCGCUGUUGGUCAACGGGAUUAUUCAAUAACACUGCUCACACUUAGCUACGAGGGCGACAUAGAACAAGGCGCUGCCAAGUUUGUGCUGGCUGCUAGAGAAAUCAGUGAUCGUUUGAUGUCAUUGGGCUAUUGGUCGGACUUUUUAAAUCCGUUUAGUGGGCGACCAUACUUUCUGCAACGAGAUGGCGCCAUAUUAUACAAACAGGAUUAUCGCUUUAGGGGCGUUAAUAUGCGUUUAUCCAACUUCAAUGACUGUGUACUGAUCGCCGCCGAGGAGAACGACAAAACCUGCUUCUCCGGAACUAUAUUCUGCACUGCGCCCAACAAUUACGAUCUGCUGGUGGAGUUGCUGGCGCCAGCAGAGUUUCAAAUGCGAAUUGAUCCAAGCCCGCAAUGACAGCUGAAUAACAAUGAUACUACUACUAAUAAUAGUAAUAAUAACUACAUAUAUUUUAGUGCAACUUCAAGUGUUCGCUAGGACAGCAGAUGAUAAUGUAAUUGAAAGACGAAAACGUAGCCGUUUAGUGAUGACAACUGUGUUAAAUGUCAACCCCUUUUUGUUUGGACUUGUGACAAGCAUUGUGUACAAAACUUUAAAUUAAAACACACACACAUAUAUGUAUUAAACACAUAUAUAUGUAUAUACAGAAAA